AUGAGGUCGGUGUCAACUGCGGGAGAGGCUGUCGCAAGAGUCGCCUAUCUCUCGAGUGACAUUGUCCUCUCUGUCCAGCCAUCCCUUCAGACUGACUCGUUAUUCUCAAAGCACCUGAGCCAACUCUCCGCCGGUAGUGUACGGGGAGUUGUGUCACAAAGGGUCCCGGAGAUCCGCGCCCUCCGCGUGAAUGAGGAUCCGCUGUUAUCGGCUUUCCAGCCUUUGAAGUCGGGCCACCGUGUCGCUAUCACAGCGACUUCUUCUAUCCUCCUCCCAUCUAUACCGUAUCUAUAUAAACUAGCAAAUUACCCCCUCGUCAUCCAUGUUUCCCUAGACCCAGCUCCUUUCCCCGAUUACUCCGUAAUCAGCUCUAUCCGCCAAUGUGGCUUUUCUUUCUUGCAUUCGGAAACGCUGCAAGAGGCUCAGGAUAUUGCCUUGACGGCACAUUCGCUGGCAGCCAAGUCAGGAAAGGGGGUGAUCCAUUUCUUCGAUGCAACCAACUCGCGCGAUGAUAAUCCAAUUGCGGCAGAGGAUCCGGAGCUCGUGAAGAAGAUUCUAGAUUUAGAAGAUGUGCAACAUGCCCAGGUACCUUCUAAUGCUCCACAUACGCUGUAUGCAAACUCCGGCCGUGUUCCCACCAUUGUGGAGGAAGAUUUGGGCGAACGGAGCGAGGGCCAAGCUGGCAGCCUGUCUGCCUCCCAGCUUUCGCUUCCGUCGAAGGUGUCUUCCCAUGAGAAUUACUCCAUCUCGUCCCGAAGUGACAGCGGCUCUGAUGUUCCAGCAAGUUCCUCAGCCACCACGGUGGAACCUUUAACUCUCCGACCCGUGGACGCUUUGGAUAUCUUCCAAAUCACUAGCAAAAUAUGGGAUGCGUUAUCACAGCUAUCCGGGCGUCAAUAUCACGCUAUCGAAUACACUGGGCCGGAUGCUGCAAAAUCGGCCAUAUUUGUUUUUGGCUCCACGGGCGUCUUCGUCGAUGUUCUAACGGACCCUAGCAGCAAAGAGGAUUUUGCAAAUGUUGGAGUUAUUACUGCCCGCCUCUAUCGUCCCUGGAUCGGUAGUCAAAUAUCUCAUGCUAUCCCCAAAUCGAUCGAACGCAUUGCCGUCCUGGAGCAAGUACGCAAGACCACGCGAUGGGGCCCAGCGUUCCUGGACCUCUUAUCAAGCUUAUCCCAACCAAGCGACAGUGGAAGGGCUCCUCAACUUGUUGGCUAUAGACUGGGGUAUAUAGAGCCCUCAACAUCCAACCAAGCCCUUCGUGGCAUAUUGCAGAAUCUCGCGGCCGACACCCCAAUUCAGAACCUUCAAGUCGGCAAGGAAAAGAUUCCAGAAGAGAUUUCUCCAGCUAUCAGCGUCCAAAAACAGCCCGAGGCCGAGAAUGCGUACAUGAAGAUUUUGGACCAGCUCUUUAGCACCCGUCUUUACGUUGCCAAUCAACUUGGUUCUGAAAAUGCAGGAGUCUCAAGCACAAUUGCUUUCACGCCGGAGUACGGAUUCGGUGCCUUAAUUGCGCGCAUCGAGGGUCGGCAACGUUUCAUUGAUGAGGUUGCGGAAGCUGCCAAAUCAAACGCCUUUACGACCGACACGCCCAAGAAUUGGCUUUCGCGAUGGGCAUUAAACGCCACAGAUUCGGCCAAGGCAAACAGCCUCGCUGCCGAUGUGAUUUCUCGGCUGGAUGUUGACGGAUCGUCUCUGGCGAGGAAACUGCUGCAAUCGAAACAGUAUUUCUCGAAGGAGUCACAGUGGCUGAUUGGCUCUGAUGCAUGGGCCUAUGAUUUGGGCAACUCUGGUGUUCACCAUGUCCUCGCUUCGGGCGCCAAUGUUAAUAUGCUUAUUAUCGACUCGCAACCUUACUCGGAGCGCGUUGCUGCGGACGCGACGCGGAGAAAGAAGGACAUUGGUCUCUAUGCCAUGAACUUCGGAAACGCUUAUGUCGCAUCCGUUGCGGUGUAUGGAUCUUAUACUCAGGUCUUGCAGGCAAUGGCGGAAGCCGAUCAGUUCGAUGGACCCUCUGUGGUUCUCGCUUAUCUACCUUACAACAAGGAGAGUGACUCUCCCCUGACCAUCUUGCAGGAAACGAAGAAGGCUGUCGACUUGGGCUAUUGGCCACUUUAUAGAUGGAACCCAAAGAAUGCGGAAGUAGGAGAGCCCAAUUUCGCCCUCGAUUCCGAGAGGAUCAAGCGAGAGUUGGAGGAAUUCCUCCGUCGGGACAACCAGCUUACCCAGCUGAUGAAACGACAUCCUCAGUUUUCCGCAAGCCUGUCUGAGUCUUAUGGGACGGAAGUCCGGGCGCUGCAAAAGAGAGCUGCUAAAGACUCGUAUGACAAACUUCUGGAGGGUCUCUUUGGCGCUCCUCUAACGAUUCUGUUCGCGUCUGACGGUGGUAAUGGUGAGAACUUGGCCAAGCGGUUAGGGAACCGCGGCAAGGCCCGUGGACUGAAAACCAUGGUUAUGGCUAUGGAUGAUUUCCCCAUCGAGGACCUGGCUACCGAAGAAAACAUAGUGUUUAUCACGAGUACAGCUGGCCAGGGCGAAUUUCCUCAGAAUGGUCGUGCCCUGUGGGAGGUCGUUAAGAACUCUGGAGAUCUCGACCUCUCUUCCGUUCAUUACUCUGUUUUCGCAUUGGGAGACAGCCACUACUGGCCCAGAAAACAGGACAGGAUCUACUACAACAAGCCCGGCAAGGAUCUUGACGCUCGUAUAUCGUUCCUCGGUGGUAAGAAGUUGGCUGAUAUCGGCCUUGGAGAUGACCAGGAUCCCGAUGGGUUCCAGACCGGAUAUCAAGAAUGGGAACCGAAACUGUGGCAGGCGUUAGGGGUGGACAAGGUCGAGGGACUACCAGAGGAGCCGCCCCCAUUGACCAACGAGGACAUCAAAAUACAGUCCAACUAUCUGCGAGGCACAAUCGCAGAGGGCCUGCUAGAUGAAUCGACUGGAGCAAUCUCAGAAACUGACCAGCAGCUUACUAAGUUCCAUGGUACAUAUAUGCAAGAUGAUCGCGACGUGAGGGACGAGCGUAAGGCCCAAGGAUUGGAACCCGCAUACUCCUUCAUGAUUCGUUGCAGAUUACCCGGUGGUGUUGCAACGCCAAAGCAAUGGCUGCAAAUGGAUGACAUUAGUAGCGCAUAUGGAAACGAAACUAUGAAACUCACAACCCGCCAGACCUUCCAGUUCCAUGGCGUUGUCAAAGGGAAACUGAAACCUGCCAUGCAGGCCAUCAACCAGGCCCUGAUGACCACCAUUGCCGCAUGCGGUGAUGUAAACCGAAACGUAAUGUGCAGCAGCCUUCCGGAGCUGUCAUAUUAUCAUAAGGAGGUCCAUGCUAUUUCCAAGCGUAUUAGCGAUCACCUGCUCCCGGCAACAACUGCGUACCACGAAAUCUGGCUGAAGGAUGAGAAGGAUACCAAAAUUCAGGUAGCGGGUAACGCCGUCGUUGACCAUGAGCCUCUCUACGGACCUACUUACCUCCCCCGAAAAUUCAAAAUUACGAUUGCCAUUCCCCCACACAAUGACACUGACGUUUACGCUCACGAUAUCGGUCUGAUUGCUAUCAAGGGUGCCGACGGUCACCUGGAAGGAUUUAACAUCCUCGUCGGAGGCGGCAUGGGCAUGACUCACAACAACAAGAAGACGUACCCCCGAACAGGAUCCAUGUUCGGCUUCGUGUCUGCAGACCAAGUCCACAUCGUCUGUGAAAAGAUCAUGAUCGUCCAGCGCGACCACGGUGACCGCAAGAACCGCAAACACGCCCGGUUAAAGUAUACAGUCGACGACAUGGGCGUAGACGUUUUCAAGAGCAAAGUCGAAGACCUGCUCGCACCAAACCUCCGCUUCGCACCACCACGCGCCUUCAAAUUCGACUCCAACAUCGACACAUUUGGCUGGCAGAAGGACGAAAGGGGUCUGAACCAUUUCACCUUCUUCAUCGAGAACGGCCGCGUCGAAGACACUGCCUCAUUCGCCAUGCGCACAGGUCUCCGCAAACUCGCCGCGCUGAACAAGGGCGAGUUCCGCCUCACAGGCAACCAGCACCUCAUUCUCUCGAAUAUCGAAGACGCAGAUCUCCCCGCCAUCAAAGCGCUAAUGGCCGAAUACAAACUCGAUAACACCGCCUUCUCCGGCCUGCGCCUCUCCUCAUCCGCCUGCGUCGCCUUCCCCACCUGCGGCCUCGCCAUGGCUGAAUCGGAACGCUAUCUCCCAAUCCUCAUCGAUAAGCUCGAAGACUGCCUGGCGGAGAACGGCCUGAGCAAGGAUAGCAUCGUCAUGCGCAUGACGGGUUGCCCGAACGGGUGUGCGCGGCCCUGGCUGGCGGAGGUGGCGUUCGUGGGUAAAGCGUAUGGUGCCUAUAACAUGUAUCUGGGCGGCGGGUAUCAUGGACACCGGCUGAAUAAGCUGUACCGGUCGUCGAUUAAGGAGGAUGAGAUUUUGGAGCUCAUGAAGGAUCUGCUAAAGCGGUACUCGCUUGAGCGGCGUGCGGCGUCGGUUGAGGGAGGGGAGCCGGAGAGGUUUGGUGAUUGGUGUAUUCGGGCUGGGGUUAUUAAGGAGACGACGGAGGGGAAGACGUUCCAUGAUGAUGUUGGGGAAGAUGAUGAGGAUGAGGAGUAA